CUCGCGCAUGCGCACGGAGGGCGGCCUGGUCCUGGUCUGCGGCGUUACUAGGAUUCCCGUCUCCCCCGCCCCCCAUCCCAUCAGUGGUGUCUUGGCCUUUUGCUUCGCUUCCUCCCGGCCCGGCAGCCCUUGGAGACCCCGCGCCAGCCUUGCUUUUGUUUCUUCAGUCCGGGGUCCGCCGCCCGCCGCCGCCAUGAUGAUGAUGGCGCUGAGCAAGACCUUCGGGCAGAAGCCCGUCAAGUUCCAGCUGGAGGACGACGGCGAGUUCUACAUGAUCGGCUCCGAGGUGGGCAACUACCUCCGUAUGUUCCGAGGUUCUCUGUACAAGAGAUACCCCUCACUCUGGAGGCGACUAGCUACUGUGGAAGAGAGGAAGAAAAUAGUUGCAUCGUCACAUGGUAAAAAAACAAAACCUAACACUAAGGAUCAUGGGUACACCACCCUCGCAACCAGUGUGACGCUGUUGAAAGCCUCAGAGGUGGAGGAGAUUCUGGAUGGCAAUGACGAGAAGUACAAGGCAGUGUCCAUCAGCACGGAGCCCCCCACCUACCUCAGGGAACAGAAGGCCAAGCGGAACAGUCAGUGGGUACCCACCCUGCCCAACAGCUCCCACCAUUUAGACGCUGUGCCAUGUUCCACCACCAUCAACAGGAACCGCAUGGGCCGAGACAAGAAGAGAACCUUUCCUCUGUGCUUUGAUGACCAUGACCCAGCUGUCAUCCACGAGAACGCAUCCCAGCCGGAGGUGCUGGUACCCAUCCGGCUGGACAUGGAGAUAGAUGGGCAAAAGCUGCGCGACGCUUUUACCUGGAACAUGAAUGAGAAGCUCAUGACCCCAGAGAUGUUCUCAGAGAUCCUUUGUGACGACCUGGAUUUGAACCCGCUGGCAUUUGUGCCCGCCAUCGCCUCUGCCAUCAGACAGCAGAUUGAAUCCUAUCCCACAGACAGCAUCCUGGAGGACCAGUCUGACCAGCGGGUCAUCAUCAAGCUGAACAUUCAUGUGGGAAACAUCUCCCUGGUGGACCAGUUUGAGUGGGACAUGUCGGAGAAGGAGAACUCACCCGAGAAGUUUGCCCUGAAGCUGUGCUCAGAGCUGGGCCUGGGCGGGGAGUUUGUUACCACCAUCGCGUACAGCAUCCGGGGACAGCUGAGCUGGCAUCAGAAGACCUACGCCUUCAGUGAGAACCCCCUGCCCACGGUGGAGAUUGCCAUCCGGAACACAGGGGAUGCUGACCAGUGGUGCCCCCUGCUGGAGACCUUGACUGACGCGGAGAUGGAGAAGAAGAUCCGAGACCAGGACCGCAACACAAGGCGAAUGAGGCGUCUGGCCAACACUGCCCCAGCCUGGUGACCAGGCCACCCAUGCUCAGCUCCCACGGAGCAGCUCUGAAGAUUGGACUGCCUGUCCUUCUCCUCUGGCAAGAAAUGCAAGGGGACAGCCAGUACCAGGCUGAGGGAUAGCUGGCACAGGGGCGUUGGUGGGGACCUCCAGGCUGCCUUCCCCCGGCACACAGUCCAGUUGCUGAGCCCCGGUUGCCUCCCACCCCCAGCUCUGCACCCCAGUUUGGAUUCAGAAGCUUCAUGUUGGGUUAUUAUGUUUUUGUAUAGGAGCCCCAGGCAGGGCUAGCAUCACUUUCCAAAUAAAAGUCAAUGUGUUUAA